UGGAGCCUCAACUAGUCUUUCCUAAGCGCUGAAGUAGAAGAGAUGAAGCAUACUGUGAGAUGAGGCUAUACAAUAAAGGCCCUACAAGAUGUGGGGAGCUGUAAAGCUGUGUGAAAGCAACACAGGACUCACACCCCAAGCUGAGAAGGUGAGCUCCCUCGGCAAGAACUGGCACCGCUUCUGCCUGAAAUGUGAACACUGCCACAGCGUCCUGUCCCCUGGCGGGCAUGCAGAGCACAACGGGAGGCCAUACUGCCACAAGCCAUGCUAUGGGGCUCUCUUUGGACCCAGGGGGGUGAACAUUGGUGGUGUGGGCUCCUACUUGUACAACCCUCCGACUCACAGCCCUGGCGGCACCACUCCUCUCAGCCCCAGCAGCUUCAGCCCUCCCAGGCCAAGGACUGGCCUCCCUCAAGGCAAGAAAAGCCCUUCCCAUAUGAAGACAUUCACUGGGGAGACCUCGCUGUGCCCUGGCUGUGGGGAACCUGUCUAUUUUGCUGAGAAGGUGAUGUCGUUAGGGAGAAAUUGGCACCGACCCUGUUUGAGGUGUCAGCGUUGCCGCAAGACCCUGACUGCUGGGAGUCAUGCUGAGGAAAACUUGGCCUUUUACAGGGACAAUCUCCUUCAAUCUCCGCUUCCCACCUCCUCCCCGCAAGGAGCUUCUCUGACAUCCAUGAUGCCCUUUGAGUGUGCAGCAUGCGCCUGCCGGUGGUCAAAGUGCCUUUACCCUAAUUUUCACAGCAACUCUGACAUGGAACUGACAAUAGCCCAUUAUACAGAAGAACACUGGGGCUCUCAGUGGCUAAGUGAUCUGUCUGUGUCCAAGUAAGGAGGUGGGAGUCUGAACUUGAACCCAUGCAUCUCUGCUGCCUGCUUCAUUUUCUGACUUUACCCUGCAGAUCGCCCACAGAGGCUUAUUCUCCUGCCCUACACAGUUACACUCUCCGGCCCUCCUCAGAGCCCUUCCCAUACUCAGCACUAGCCUGGAGUCCACUCCUCUCUCCCACCACACCCACACCAGACCCAAGCCAGCCUCCUCCUCACCACAC